UUAGGACGAAGUGUAUUCAAUCCAGUCCAAUUCUCGUCUUUGAUUCUCGUCCCUACCACCUGCUUGUGAUCUAGCUCUGCAUUAUCGCCACUGCGAAUGGCCUCAUGCCUGUCAGCCGGGUGACCCGCUUCUAGAUACCCCUGGAAAGAUUUUGAUGGCUUAAAGGGGUAUUAGACUACUCCUCGCAACACAACAAGACACGCUGCGCUUCAGCUACCAUUUGUACUACUACUACUACUCCUCCUCCUCCUUCUCCCAUCCAGCUAGAGCAUGUGUCGUGUUGGCAGUCGCCUCCAUCGACCUUGACUUGCCCUCCACCGCUACACCUUUUUUACUCUCGCCGGCGCAAACUUCCCAAGAUCAAACGCGGGGCACCAGAAUGGGUCGCCAGAAGGACAUCUCACCUGCCGACAUGCAGCGCAGCGCAGGAGCUCAGGAUGCAAACAUCUCUCGGCGUCGCAAGUCAUUGCCUGGCCGCUCGUCCAGUGUUCCACGAGUGCCGCCUUUGAACAACCAGCCACCCAUGCCGACCACAUCCCCUGAACUCAUCUCGUCGUUGAUAUCGUCGCUGUCCACCAUUUCAACUCCCGCGCAAUCGCAUUUUGAUAGUCUACCAUUUAUCGGCUCUCAAACAGUGCCGUCGUCCCCGAAUUUCUUCCAAUCAGAGUUUCCACGCCCGAGUCGCAUAUCGGAACAAGGGUUUGGCAUGGACUACGGAGCUUACAAGGAACCCACUGAGUCCACUGACAGUCCCUUCCUGCACCCUGACGAUGCCGCCAUCUCGCCUGUCGUUCGGAUGGCGCCUGCGCCUGCGCCUGCAUCGCCUCGUUCUCCUCGCUCGCCGAAGCUAAAAUCUAGCUUUGGACGAGAUGGCUCCCCGUUUCGCCCGGCUUCCAAAAGCUCCCAUACCUCUUCACGAGCUGCUUUCGAUGACUAUUCUCUAUCCGGCUUUGGCAUCGUUUCGUCAGAGCCAGUGAAUCGCUCUUCGCGUGCUCCCAGCGUUGCAUCUUCCAGUUCGGGUGGAAGAAGGAGUCUCAAAGGUCCCUUGGGCUUACUGAGACGCGGAUCGCGGGAGUCCACCCGAGAAAAGGACUUCGACCGUGGGACAAGACCCCCAAGUUACGAAGACAACUUAAAGACCAAGGUUACUCGCAGCAGAGCUAGUCUAAAAUCCAGGCACUCGAUGGCUGAUCUGGUAGAGGAGGGAGGCCAGGUCAAGCAUAUCAGGAACGAUAUUACCCCUGCAUUUUCUCCUGCAGCAACACAGCCUCCAUCGCCAGCAUCACAUCAGAUUCUGGCCGCUUCGUUGCAUAGCCCCGGUGGCAUUGGAAGUGGACGUGUCAUUCCAACACGCGAAUCUUCUCUUCGACAUAGCUACAACAAGAAACAGCGAUCAGCUCGACCUGCAGAGACUGCCCAUACAAAUGGCAGAGAGUCUACUAACGCUGCAAAGGCUGCUGUGGCCGAGGCAAAGGAUGCAACUGAACAGACUGUGAAACGGAUUCAACGCGUUAAGGAACAACAGAAAAGAAUCAAGUCGGAGCUGAAGGAAGCGCAGGAAUCACCGCCUAUUCCAAAUGCCUCUGAACCUCGGCCUGCGUUACCCAGGUCUUCGACUGAGCCCAUACUCAGCCAAAGACACCGGGGCAAAGCAGCAAUCCCUAGAGAUACUAGUCUUGAUGAGGCAGACCCAUUCGAGGAAAGUGCGCCAUCUCCAGCCAUCCAGACUCGGCGAACGAGAGAGAAAAAGCGAUAUUCCCAAGAAAAACUGGAAACCCCGACUAGUCCUAUCAGCGCAAAAGCCCACAAGCGUCACUCCUCUGGUGCUUUUACUUUGAACCGACCAUCAAUAGCUGAGGAGCGCCCUUCUAGUGCCGACUCUAUCGAUAUUGCUGUCGAAUCCUAUGUCUUAUCACCGCGGCUGACGCAAAAGGUUCCUCAUCCGCGCUCAGGACGCAUGAUUGCGUUUUCUGAAGUCGGUGAUCCCAAAGGGCACGUUGUAUUCUGCUGUCUGGGUAUGGGGCUUACUAGAUACCUGAUGGCUUUCUACGAUGAAUUAGCCCGAACUCUCAAACUACGACUAGUCACGUUAGACCGGCCGGGAGUCGGAGAAAGUGAUCCCUCCCAGGAAGGGGAAGGGACUCCUCUAAGUUGGCCUGACGACGUGGCUAUUGUUUGUAACCACCUCAAAAUCACCAAGUUCUCGAUCUUGGCUCACUCGGCGGGCGCCAUCUACGCUCUGGCAACUGCGCUGCGAAUUCCACAACAUGUUCGAGGUCGAAUUCAUCUAUUAGCACCUUGGAUUCCCCCUUCCCAAAUGACAAACUUGGGCACACACAAAGAGCCUCUUCCCAACAAUGCGGUCCCAUAUUCACAGAGAAUUCUACGGGCUCUUCCGACCCCUUUCCUGAAAGUCGCCAACUCAAGCUUCAUGAACGCUACAAGUAGCAGCAUAACCACAAGUUUGCCCAAGUCCCCUAGGCGCAACAAAAGGAAAAGCUUUGGCAAAGACACCCCAGCCCCCGCGGUGUCCGACCUGACAUCAAACGGUGCAUCUAAUAAGAAAGACGCGGCGCUGGCAAAAGAGCUACGCACGUCGAAUCAAAUAUCCCGCGUGUCAACAGCCACACACCCGGCUCUUCGCGACGCCGAAGAGGCAGCAGUCCUGGCGAUGCAGGAAAAAGAACGACAAACGGAGUACGACACGCGACUGACAUACCGGAUCUGGGAGCUUGCAACUACGAAUGCGAAUCCUGCCGUGGAUCUUCUCGUAUGUCUAGAGCGCCGUCAGACGAUUGGAUUCCGCUAUGUGGAUAUCAACCGCGAAGUGGUGAUCCACCAUGGCAGCAAGGACACGCGUGUGCCCGUGGACAAUGUCCGUUGGUUAGGCAAAACCAUGCGGCGGUGCGAAGUUCGUGUUCUCGAAGAUGAAGGGCAUGGCUUGAUGGCAUCUGCGAUUGUCAUGAGCAACGUGCUUAGUGAGAUGGCCAAGGAGUGGGAGGACUGGACCACCGUGGUGCAGGGCAAACGGAAUCGUCGAACUACUAUAACCCACCAUUCUUCUCGCUCGAUUCUAGCUGCUUAAAAAAAAGUUGCCCCCCCCUGGGUUAUGUGUUGUGAGAAGCAACAUAGUAGGGGCAAUCUCUCUCCCAUUGUCUUAUUUGCAAAAUCUAUUUUGCCAUUGAUAUGUUCAUUUUUAAAAUACCCUGUAAUAUUUCAAGAGAUAACAUAACAAAUCAAACAUAAUUUUCUAAUCCCAC